UUGAGCUCUAACAGGGUGGGUAGGUUUUGCCUUGUAUGUAGCGAGUGCAUCUCUCUUUGCUCUGAUGACAGGUGCUAAAAUAGCUGAUUUAGAGUCAAACCAAUCAUUUCGUUUUGUAAUUUUUCUUCCAAAGAUUUCCAGGGAGGUCUUUUGUAUGUUGGACUUGAAGUGUUCCCAUUUUUCUGUUUCCAGAGAUAUUUUUAUACUCGCGUUCAAAAGAUUCCGCAAACUGUAUCUGGAGAUCAGGAUAGCUUACACCCGAUUGGGGUCUUCCAAUCUGCUUGGUAUGGUGGAUUUUUUGGGGGAGAAGAUUGAUCUUACAACAUACCAAGAAAUGAUCUGUGUCACAGUCUGCACUGUGAUAGGACCUGGUAAGCUUGACAAAUUUUAAGCACUUUUGUCUUACCAUGAUUAUGUCUAGUUGGUGCCAGUGUUAGGAUCGAGGAUGCCGCCAAGAUACUCUGUGCUGCGGUUUAGUCUUGAAAUAGGUAUUAGUGACACAGAGGGAGUGUAGUGAGCAAACCUCGAGGAGCUUUUGUCCAUUUUCAUUUACUUUUCCACACCAAAACGCUUGCUUUGAGGUCGCCGAAGAUGAUAACCUGUUCCGUAUUUGGGAUCUCGCUGAGAGCAGACGAAAGGUUGUCAUUGAACAUGUCUUUGGUCCAUGGUGUGGAACUCAAAGUAGGAGCGUAGGCACUUAUUAAAGUCACGUGUCCAAGGGAUGUGUUAAGGCGUAGGGUUAAGAGUCUUUCUGUGUUCAGCAGUGUGUUCUUAACUGCGAAACCAACGCCAUGUUCCCUUACUUCACUUUCGGCUUUGCCUUGCCAGAAGAAGGAGUAGUCUUUUUCUUAGAUUGAGCCAAAGUUAGCUAAACAAGUUUCUUGGAGGGCGGCAAUGUCUACUUUGAGCCUGGACAGUUUAUCAUUUAUUAUUGCGGAUUUUCUGGCAUCUUCUAUGUCCGAGUAUCAUGAAGAUACAAUUCAUCAUGUGAAAGUAAAAAAAGGAAUAACUAUUCUUUUUUCUAAAACCUUAAAGUUACUCCAACAUAAGCACCUUCAACUAGAUGAUGCUGAAUUUAUAUACAGUAAUGAUGCCUCAAACAAUUUAUGCAAUGUCCUAGAAGCAGUGUUCCUGCAUGGCCUUAAAGACUCUGUAACUCAGAAGUUGACAGCUUAUGUUGGACUUGCAGCAUCCUCAUUAGACACAACUUCAGGACUAAAUUUCUGGAAUGUAGCAGCCAAGUUUACUCACAAAGAUGUCAUAGUCCAGUUACAAUCAUUGUCACAGAUUACCACACCAAUAGGCUGGUGUCGUGCUUGGGUUAGGAUGGCAUUAAAUGAUGGUCUCAUGCAAAGCUACCUUCAUUCAAUGAUAGUUGAUGUGAAAACACUUAAAUAUUUUUAUCAUUCCUUUGCUUACCUCAGGGACUUUGAACAGCCAGGCAUUUUAAACAAUCUUCUGACAGGUCUGAUGAGCUUGGAGUUUAAAUUAUCUUAUAAUUCAAGUGUUUUAAACACAUGGAACAAUGGAACACUGCAGAUAGCAGGGCAGAUAGAGAGUCAAGUCCCACCAUCUCCAACACUGCAGAUUGCAGGGCAGAUUGAGAGUCAAGUCCCACCAUCUAAAAGCAUAACUGCCCCCAACUCAGAAGAUUUAACACAUACUAAUGUCAAGGUGACACACAUUGUUUCUAUUAAGCCUGAGACUAUCUCACCAAGCAAUAGUCUUCAGUCUGACAUCAUGGACAACUUGCAGUGUACACGUCACAUGCCAUCUCACACCAAUGGUGACUAUUAUCUCUCUAUAUCUGAUGGAUCAACUUGCUCAUGCCCUGACCAAGGAGAAACCAGCCAGAUGAUAAACUCAAGAAAAAGUCCUGUUGCUUGGUUGGACAAUGGCAAGGAAAAGUCUAAUUCAUAUUUGACAGCCAACCUGUCUGACUUUAAAAACUCAAAACUAACUACUACUAACACUAGUGUUGCUUUGGAGACCCAAUUGCAGUUUUCAAUACCAAGAGGUACACAAAUUGAUGAAGAAUUUCUCAAACAUAGUUUUCAGGAGGUAUCAACUGUUGACAAUGUACAAGAAAGAAGUCAAUCUCAAGAAAAUGCAGAAACAUCUCAUUUACCUCAGCCUCCAUUGCUCCUUUCAUUAUCUCAUUGUGCUACUGCGGAGCCUAAACCAAGGAUGAGAAAUUAUGAAGAAAUAUGUGCUAGUCUUCCACCUAUUAAGUUAGAUCCUACUGAACAAGAGGAUAUUCUGAAGAAAGUUUUACAAGAAUUUGACACUCAGUCAGGAAGAGAGAAGAAUGAAUUUCAUCUGACAGAAUCAAAUCCUCUUCAGGCUUGGGUCUGUGAUAAUAUCACAACAAAAUUAAACUCAACAGAUUUCAAGCAUUCAAACUGUUCACAAUUUGUUCAGUUUGAGGGUUCUCAAACAGUCAUCAGUGAACCUAUCAAUGUUGUACUCUCUAAAUCAUUGGAAGAAUCAACAGAUUUAGAGCAAGGAAGUGAAACUAAACCAAAACAAGUGACUAGUAUCACAGAUAUUUCAAACAUAAAUCAAGUGAAUACUUUGUCAGAUGAGGUAUCCUCAUCUGGUCAUUAUGGCAAUAGCUUAACUGGUAUGUCUGGAUGGUCAUCUGACAUUGAACCAAAGACAAAUUUACAGUUUACUAAAAGUACAAAUUCUAAUAGAUCAAGAGGUGAAAGUUUUGCAAGUUUGUUGCGCCGCUAUACUCCUGAAUUAAACAAUAAGGCAGUAACUCUGGAUCAAGUCAUUGGAACAUUAUCUGCUACAGAUGAAGAACUUGUGCAUGAGAGUAGAUCUCAGCAUUCCAGCUCUGGUAGCCAAAUUGAGCCCCAAGAUUUAUGUCUUAUAGACUUUGAAGUGCUGCCGACACCUGACAAAAAUAUUUCUGCUUCUGUCUGUGCCAAUAGCUCAAGAAUGUUAUUUCUAUUUCAAAUUCCAAGUGAACAUGGUCUAAGUCAGCAAAACUUCACAUGUCGCGGCUGCUCAAGACCCAUUGGCUUAAUCUAUGGUCAACCUUACCUAUGUGAAUUUGAUGGAGGCCUCUAUUGUUUUGAAUGUCAUGAAAACUAUGAGACCUAUAUCCCUUCUUCCAUUAUAUUUAAUUGGGACUUUCGGAAAAAGAAAGUUUGCAAAGAAAAUUUUCAGUUUCUUCAAGAUUAUGAAGAUCAGGCUUUAUAUGAUAUAGAGCUUUUAAAUCCUAAACUAUAUACUCAACUACCUGAGUUAAUGGAACUAAAGAUGCUAAGACAACAGCUGUGUUUUCUCAAAUCUUAUCUGUUUACAUGCUCACACAAAAUGGCAGAAUCAUUGAGACAGAAAGUUUGGCCAAGAGAACACUUGUAUGAGCGACAGGAUCUGUACUCUAUAACAGAUUUUCUUCAGGUUCAGUCUUAUACUCUUCAUAAACUAGUCAAGGAGUUAGUCAAGUUUGCCUCUAGUCAUGUCUAUGAAUGCUUACUGUGUAGUCAGAAAGGAUUUGUUUGUGAAAUCUGUCGUAAUCCUAAAGUCAUUUAUCCAUUUGAAGUGGAUACAACUAUAAGGUGCAAAGGAUGUAAAGCUGUUUAUCACAAGACUUGCAUGACUGACAGUUUGCCUUGUCCCAAAUGUGAAAGAUGGGGAAGAAGGCAAAGCAAGAGUAGUAGCAUAGAGAACCACCCUGAGGACUAUGGGAUGUCACCAACCUAAUCAACAUAUGAUGCCCACAUGGCUGUUUAUUUUUUAAAUUUUUAUGUCAAUGGCAAAAUGCAGAAUUUACAUUUUCUAUCGAAUGCCCGAGACGUCCAGGUAAAGUGAGAAAUGAUUUCUUCAUUUCCUAUUUUGCCUAGGUUUUUUAUAGAAUGACUACAACAGCUUUAGCCAAACUUUUAAAUGAUGAUUUAAAGUAUUUUAUUAAUAAUAUAAAUUUCCUGGAAUAAUACUUCUAUUUGCCAGUAAUCAAAAUACUUUAGUUUUGUUCUUUUAAGUGUGGAGUGUUUUAUUACGCCUAAGUGUGCAUUCUUUGUAAAACCAAAUUGUACCAGGUAAAAAGUUGAUCCAAAAUAUGUUUUAUAUUGUCAUUCAGCAAAUUGUGUUGUAUGAAAGCGAAAUACGACUACUAAGAAGGAACCACUUGAAUAGAUAUUGACUAAUCUGAUAACACUUUUUGUUAUAAUGUUUUGUUUUGUUAAUUUAUCGUGUUACACAAGGCUUUUAGUGCAAUUCAUUUAUGGUCUGAAAUAUUAGCACAUAUUUCACCAUUGAAAAAAAAAGUGCUUAUAAACAUAAUAAUUCAUUUUACAGCCUAGGACUUACAUUUUUCAUUAAAUACUUUGAAAGCAUAGUUUUUAAUGUUAACUUUGUCUUGUUUUCAUUUUCUGUCCUCCUUGGUGAGGUUGUUUUUUUUUAUUGUCCUCCUAUGAGUUUGAAGCCACAGUGGGUCUCACAGCGUUUCUCAACAUAAGAUAAUUUAUGAGAACGAAGGAAAAGUUGGAAUUCAAUAAAAACAUGUACAAAUAGAAUAUGUAGACUUUUCUGCCUUUUUAUAGGCAUAUUUUUUAAAAUUAUUCUUUCAUUAUAUAACUUAGGCACCCUGGCUGAGCGAUAAACGCUUGUUGUCCAAACCGGGGGUCCUGGGUUCGAGUCGUGCUGAAAACUGGGAAUUUUAAUUUCGGGAUCUAUGGGCGCCGCUGAGUCCAUCCCGCCCUAAUGGGUACCUGACAAAAGUUGGGUAAUGUAAAGGCAGUUGGUUGUUGUGCUGGCCCUAUGACACCCUCGUUAACCGUAGGCCAUAGAAACAAAUGACCUUUAUAUCAUCUGCCCUAUAGAUCACGUCCUGAAAGGGAAACUAUGUAAGUUGUCAACUGAUUAGAACAUUAUUAUACAGAAUUUGUAUUUUAGAAGAAACUAACAAAAUUAUUUCAAAAUAAGAGCAGCAUUUAAGAGUUUAUGAAUUUCUUUGAUUCAAUUUGCUGUUGUGUAGACAGUUUUACCCACUCAAUGUUUCAGCAUCUUUAAUUCAUCAUUUUAGUUUACUUAGAAGAAACUAAAGAAUUUUAUAUUUACUAUACAAGUUUCAAUUUUAAAAUACAAUUUGUAGAUUUAAAAAAUUAUUUAAGUAUUUAAAAAUUGAUAUUGCACUUAGCAUAUGGUAUUAAAAUAUGGGUCUACUAAGGUAUUUUUAGUCUUAAUAGGUCCUAUUGUUUAUUUGUGUAUUUUUUUUCCACUCAUUUAUAUUUAAUGUAUAAAUAUUUUUCUAAAUAAGACAUUUUUUACUUUGCCUAACGCAGAACUAGUCAUUCUUUAGAAUGCCUAGGUGAGAUAGGAAAUCAAGAAAUAUUUAUUACUUUGCCUAAAACACCCUGUAUUCUAUAGAAUGAUUAGGCAUUUCACACUUUGUCAGCAACAUAUAUAUUAUAUACUUUAAUAUAUUGUUUGUUAAAUUUACAUAUAUAUUUUUAAAAAAAAAUUUUUUAAUAGGCCUUGAAUUUGAUGAAUUUUUAAUUUCUGGCAUGUACUACUUGUAGUUUUCUAUUCUAUGAAUGUUCAAAUUUAUUCACAUGACCAAAGCCGAAAAUUUUUCAGUUUUGUGUUACAUUCAUACAACUAAUUAUUUUAAAUCAUGCACAUAAGGAGUCAAGGGAGAGUGCUACAAAACUUGGUUUUGUUGUUUUUUUUUUUUUUUUUUUUUUUUACUUCUCUUCCUUUUUCAUCUUUUGGCUUGUGUUUUGUUUUUUAAAAAGGUGGGAAAGUGAUGCAUUUAAAUCUUUUGACUCCAUAAUGUCGCUCCCAUCAUUGUUUUUACCCAGCAUUACUGCUUGGAUCAAUGCUAACAAUGUUGUUGCUUUUAAAUUUUAUUUUUUAGUGUUUUUUUUCCUCCCAUACAAGUUUCUAAUUGCUUAAAGGAUUAUCUUGAAUAGCAAAACAUCAUGCAUUUCCUUCUUUCAGUGUGUUUUUGCAGAGAGAUUUUUUGAAAGAGUAGGCUCUAAAAAGGCUCUAAUUUCUUUCGAUUGAUGUUCUGGAUGGUAAUGAGCUCCAGACUAUCACUUUUAUGUGCUUUUAAAGAGUUCACCUAUAAUGUUAUAUGGAAAGAUGAAUAUAAUAAAUAAUUUUUUUUUUUUUACUUUAGAUAAUAAUAUAUUUCUUAGAUCUAGUUUUUUUACUUGUCCACAGUGGUCAAUUUUCAUUUUUCAGUAGUUGUGACAUGGAUAAUUAGCUCAAAAUUUCCAUUGUAUGUGUUGUAGAGGUGCUUUUUCUAUAAAGUUGUGUGACAACAUGAAUAUAUAUGAUUUUUUAAAAAUAUUUAUUUUCAAAGAUCAGAUCUAGAUCGUGGAGACUUUCUCAUAGUCAGUAAUUUUUUUUAUCUCAAACAUUAAUAUUUAAAUAAUUUUUUGUUUUAUAAAAAUUACUUUGUGCUGUAUAAAAUGGGCAUGCAUUCCUUUUAAUUCUAUACCAAGUACAUAAUUUUCUAAUAAGAAAAAAAGAAGUUAUUUAAUUUUCAGGAGAUGAUGAAUAAAAUUUACUGCAAUCCUUGAGUUUUUGUUGAAAGGAAUCAUUUGUGAAACUAGUAAUGUAUAGGUUAAUUUAACAAACUCUAUCAAAAGUUUUCUUUAUAAUUGAUUACUAUACAUAAAGCCUUUGCUAUAAUGUUUACACCAACAUACAGUUCAAGAUGAACAUCGUAUUUUAUUUUAUUUUGCUCUAUCUUAAAUUCUUAUAGUCUAUCUACCCGAGGCUUAUCUCCCCUUAUCUGAGCAAUCUUAUUUCCUAUUCUGGUGAGUUUUUCUAUAUAUUCUAUUUAAAAACAAAAUUAAUUAAUUAUAACUAAUUGAUAAAAUAAUUGGUCAAUUUUUCGAUAGAUUUACGUUUUGUUCGAUACAAUGAAUGAUUGUAUGAAGGUCCGAGAAUGGAAAGUGAGAGAAAUAACGUGUGCACAAUUUGGUGAAGAGAGCAAGCAAAAAAAAAACUUUUCUAAGGAAAAAGCUCCACACUAGAAUUAUAUCUCUCUAUACUGGUUAAUGUAAAAGUUAUUUCCCUUAUUUGAUAUAAAAUAAUUGACUAAUUUGUGAAUUUUUAAAAUGAUUUAUGUUAUAAAGUUUCAAAUUGAUUCGAGAAUCAGUGUUUGGGAGAAUUAACGUGUACUUCAUCUAAGGGCACUGUAGUGUAACAGAGUUGUUUAUUUUCUGCGUGUGUCAGCGUGUAAGAAGGUCAUGUCUGCUGACUUAGUGUUUAUGUGUCUGUUAAUAGUAUGUAGAGUUAUUCCACUUGAUAAGAAAGUUUAUAGCAGGGAUGUGUGUAACUUAUGACCUGUGUUCUGUAAGUGUGUGUUAUUAAAGUGAUGUGUCUAGA